AUGAGAGCCGGCGGGGCGGUGACCAACGAGAGGGAGUGCCCAACUCUGCAGGCAGCCAAUGAGAGCCGGCGGGGCGGUGCUUGCGGCCAAUGGGCGGAGCCGCUGCCCUGAGUUGACCCGCGGCCCCCCCCCCGCCCCCCUCCCCCGGCGGAACGGCGCUACCGGGACUGUUCGACGCCAAAAUUCCUCGUUUUCCACCCAAAACCACACUCCCCCCUCCCUCCUUCUCCCCACUGCCGCUUCACCCAAUCCCGGCCGUUUUUACCCCGAAGGCACCGGCAGACGCCGGGUUCGCGCACCCCGACGUGCUUUGAGACGUGUGAAAACGUGGCUUUCCCGUUCAAACGCGUUUUGCCCAUGACAACGGCGUCUGGCGCCGCCGGGGGAGGUCCCGGCUGGGGCCAAAGGGUGGGACCCGGCGGUAGGGAAAGGGGCCCCCCGUCCCUUGGGCAGACGCAGCGGCUCCAGGGCGGGUGCCGGGAUUGGCCGCUCCUGGUGGCUCCGCCGAGGGCAGUGGGCACACGGUGGUGCCGGUGCGGGACUGCCGGCGGGAUGGAGCCGGGGGAGCGGGGAUUCGAGCUGUGGCGAGAUUACCUGGGGCUGGCGGCCGUGGUGGCCGCGCUGCGGCGCACGGAGGCGGCGGCGGCAGCACCAGGAGGGCAGAAUGGCGGUGGCAGCAGCGGUGGUGGCGGAUGCACCUUCUGCAGGCACAACGGGGAGGCAAAGCAGGUGUACAGCGGGCACCGGCUGCGGGACGCGGCGGGCCGGGUGCUGUGCCCGGUGCUGCGGAGCUACGUGUGCCCGCAGUGUGGAGCCACCGAGGACCGGGCGCACACGCGGCGCUUCUGCCCGCUCACCCGCCGCGGCUACGCCUCCGUCUACAGCCGGCCCAGCCGCGGCACCGGGAGCAGCGAGCACUGACGGGCGGCACCGGGGCGCAGGUAACG